AUGUUAUCAAUAACUAAUGAAGCAUACACUAUACUUAAACCUCAUGAAGAUGAAUUUUUCGGCAUGAACAUUAUAUUAUUGAAGAAAGAACUUAAAAAAUGGGAACAUGAUUUUAUCAAGAAAUAUAACAGAUCACCCAAAAAGAGUGAUAUUGAUCAAUUUCCUGCAAUUAAAGUAAAAUAUAAAAGUUAUUCAAGAUAUAAGAGUAAAAAAGUACGAUAUGAGAGAACACCUAUAAAAAAUGAAUAUUCAGUAGACAAUUCUACAGGUGGAAAUUUUUCAAAUAUUAGUAAUAACAAUGAAGAUGACUUUAAUGGAUUUAUUAAUGAAGAAUUGGGUCCUACUCCGCAGAUUCAUGGUAAAUCUAUUGGUCUAUUCGAAAUAAAUCUAUCUCCUAUAAAGAAAAAAUUAGAUUUAUUAGAAGAUGAUGAAAAUGAUGAUAUAUUCCAAGAAUCAAAUAUAGACAAAAUUGAGAAUGUACUAGAAAAUAAUACAGCACCUAUACUUAAGAACAACAAUAAAAGUAAUGAUCAUAGUGGUUUAAAAAAUGAUAUAUCUACAAGAUUAUAUGGCCCUAAUUCUCCAUUAAAGAUCGACUCCACAAUAAAAUAUCGUCAAAGGACUCCUAAAAGAAAUUUAAACGUAGAGUUAAAUGAAAAUAUUACACCUGUUGGUAUUAGCCCUUCUCCCUUGUGGAAACGCUCUUUGACUAAAUCUUUAAAGGAACUGGAACAUGAAUUUCAAACUGUGAGAAAAGAGCUCAAACUUACUGAAAUUGAAGAGGAGACAGAGGAAGAGCAAAAUGAAGACGACGAGAAAAAUAAUAAGGACAUACUGUCUGAUUCUGGUAUUAAGAAUGAUAAAGAGAUUUCUAAUACUCAAGGUAAGAAAGUCAAUAACAUAGAAGAAAUAAAUACAGAGACUUCUUUUAACAACGUUCCUACCGAUGCUAGAACCCAAAGAAGACGAAAAAACAGAGUUAUGGCUAAUGUGGAUAUGUCAGCUAAUGAUUCAUUAAAUAAUAAUAUCAAUGAAGAGGUUGAUUUACACGCUAUGUUAAGAAAUAUUAAAAGACAAAAAUUGAAAGAGUUUAUUGAAAAAAAGUCAAUUCCCUUACCACCAACGAUAAACGAUAAAUUACUCUUAGAAGAUGUCAGACUAAAUAAAGAAACGGUUAAAGGUAUUGACAAAAAACAGGACACUACUAAAGUCCCUGUAAAACAGAAGCGUAAAAAGAAAUAUAAUUUGGUAAGUAAUAACUUUAGAAGACUCAAACUUCCUAGUAGAAAUAAAAAAAAUAGCUACCGGAAAAAAUAUAAUAAUAGAAAAUUUUAA